AUUAUUUCACGUUUAAGGUUGGAGAGAUUGAAGAGGGAAGAAAGAGACAGUGGUGCUUGAAUAAUCAAAUGUAACAAAAUGUCAUCUCUUGAGAGCUCUUCAGAUGACGAUUGUUACGUUAAUUCAGCAAGAGCCCUAAAAGCCAUGAAGAAAAAGAUUGUUGUUAGUGAUAGCCCGCCAGAUCGAGAAUCACCAGUCUCACAGGAAUACAUACCUCCUUCAUAUGAAUUUGCAGAAUCCCUGCUAAGCGAGUUGCCUCCAGUUCCAAAAACUACAAGAUCAAGAGAGAGAUUAAGAAGUAGGCGGAGAGCUGCACGUCAUGAAGAUUCAUUGAAUCCAGAAAUCAUCCCAGAACUUUAUGCCAAAAAUACUCCUAUUGAUACAAUUUGUCUAGUAGAUUCUGAUCAAGAAGAUAUCAAAAUAAUCACCAUUGAUGCUGAUAAAAAUAUAGUCAUCGAUGAUACUGAAGAUACAGCCAUUGAUGAUACGGAUAACUACGAAGUUACUAUAAAAAUCAACUGGCAAUCUACUAGACUUGAACGUGUAACUCUCAGAAGGUAUCAAGCGUUCUCAAAAGUUUUCGAUUACUUUUCCGCCAUGGCAAACAUUCCAAAGGAGAGAAUAUGGUUAGUCUUUCGUAAUCAUAUUACGAUACAACCGACAGAUACACCCGACUCCCUAGGUCUUAGUAUAGUAGACAUAAUAGAGGGUGGGAUAAUUGCCGGCAAUACUGAGCGAACAACAGCGAACACCAACGUGGAAAAAGAUAGCAUUAUUAUUAAAGUUCAAACUAACGAUCACAAGAAAACAUUGAACAUAUCUAUCAGAAAGUGUCAAAAAAUAAAAGUUUUGAUAAUGAAAUGUGCAGAACAGCUACAAAUUCCUGAAGACAAAAUAAAGUUUCAAUUUGAUGGCGAACCAGUGCACCCUAAUGAGACUCCAGAAGGGUUGGAGUUGGAAGGUGGUGAAUGCUUUGAUAUGCACACGAUACCAUGAAGUGAUGCCAGUAAAUAAUGUUCAUACUCUCCGAAUUUUCAAUGAAAUAGUUUUAUAAUAUUUAUCUGUAAACUUGUAUCAAUACUCGUUUCCAUGUUUAUGAAAAUUUAAAUUCGUGAUGGGUUCCAAGAAAAAAAAUAAUUCUAAAUUUGCAGUUCAAGUUUCUCAAAGUGGAACUGCUUCAUUUUACUAAUUGUUUAGUCCACUGAGGCCCUAAAAGUGAUGUGAAUUGUUUAUGAAAAUACUUUUAUACACAAAAUUGAUGAGGGACAUGACGCCUAUUUUGCCCAUCCAGUUACUGUAGAUCUUUAUUGGAAGACUUUCUUUAUUUUCUCCCAACUGUUUGGAAAUUCGAGCAUGUUGUCCAUCCUCAUUUGAUAAAAUAAAGUUACUCGCACAGAA